UCUGGCGGUCUCUGCUGGUCUCUGCUGGUCUCUGGUGGUCUGUGCAGGUUCUGGCUGGCGGUGCAGGAGCUGAAGAAACGUCCGAUCCGGGAGGUUCCCAGCAGGGUGCAGGAGAUCUGGGACGAGUUUCUGGCUCCUGGGGCUCCGAGUGCCAUCAACGUCGACUCCAGGAGCUACGAUAAAACCACGCAGAACAUCAAGGAUCCCGGCCGAUACGCUUUCCAAGAUGCUCAGGAGCACAUCUACAAGCUCAUGAAGAGUGACUCCUACAGCCGCUUCAUCAGAUCCAGCGCCUACCAGGAGAUGCUGCAGGCCAAGAAGAAGAAAAGCAAGAAUCUUUUCUAGGGUCUGAAUCACAGAUGCCGUCAGCGCUUGUUAAACCACGCAAACGUCACGUCACUCGUCUGUACAUGAAUGCUGAUCAUUAUAAAGAGCAGCUCCAUCUCUGCAUGAGCCACACACUUCUAAAGGACUUCAGCUCACAUCGAAGAUCCUCCUGAAAGCGCUCGACAUUCCUCUAGGUUCAUUUGCACUUUCUCUCCAUCUGAGCUUUUAGACUUAUUUUUAUAUCCCAGAACAUGUUUAGUUGUUUUCUGUAGGCUUUGCUUCUGUAAAUGUGUACAGAUCCUGAGAGUCAGCGUGAUUUCUGAUGAUGAGAAACACUUCAGCGCUCACACAAUCUCUGCUGUUUGAUACAGACAUGUGUAAUGGACACUAAUAAUAAACAACAAUAAUAUUUGGACAUCUGUAUUUUAAACAUGCGCUAAUGUUCAUUUAAGAUGAUGGUUUGGUGGUUUUUGGAGCCCGAACGACACACAGUUAUUUCAUUUGAGGUUUAUUUCUUCAGAAAACGACUGCGAUCCAAAGAAGCUCAUCCGGUCUGGGUUCUUGCGUUGAUGAUAUAGAUUCUGUACAGAUACAUAAAUAAAAGGAC